UUUUAAUAUUCGUGUUGUGGGCGGAAAGUAGUUUUGGGAGGAGUUCCUGUAAUUUAUCACCGCUUCUGUAGAAAUGAACCAAGAAAGAUUAGCUAAUUCAAAGAAAAUAAAUCCGUGUCUAUCUGGUCUGACACUCAAUUUGUCUGAAGUAUCGUUACCAGUUGGACCAACCCUUGUCCCACAAUUUAGUUCUCCCAACAAAGUCGAAGAAUUAUCCUCUUUCGUUGGAGAAAAUGCAAGCCAACCCAGAGGAUCUAUUUCAGAGCCUGGGCGGAGGAAUGCACUCCCUCCACUUUCUUCCUCGAAACCAGUAGGUUCCACAAUGCUCAAGUCGAGUCAACGGCCUAGAUAUGUUUUACCACCGGACAUCAAUACUUUUACCUCUAAAACUUCAACAACAAAUAUACCUCAAAUACCAUAUAAUCCCCUUCCACUGAAACCUCCAACUUUUGAAUCGAAUCAAAUAUCCACUCCGUUAAUUAUAAGCAAUCCAUCUAAUGAUGUAAAACCUGCUUAUCUUCCUGUAUCAACGGGAGCAAGUCAGUCUUCACAAUCCAAAUGUCAGAAUAUCAAUUCAGCGUCAGCAACACCAUCUUCAAUGUCAUUAGUUACUUAUCAUCCAGUCGGAGCAUAUUGGUUCUAUUCUACAGUCGUUGAAAAUAUAUCAGUUUGGUGGCCAUUUUCACGUCAUGAUUCGUAUCAGAUUGAAACAGAAUUUCUCCGAUCUUAUUAUCCGGAGGUCAUAUCGAAAGAUCCAUUGUCUGCUUGUGUUUCCUCUUCGAUUUCUGACUUGCAAACAUCUGGAGUAGCACAAUCUCACGAGAUUAUUGUUCAAGUUGAUGGAGGUCGUUAUGAUAAAACCAGGGAAGUUAGGAGAGCCACAUGGUUUUAUAAGCCACAAAGUGAAUCACGUGUACUGCCUUUUUCUGAGCGUAUAUGCGAUCUAUUGGAAGCUCAGUAUAAGGUAACUGUGGAACAAAGUCAAUGGGGUCGACGUUUUGAAUUGCCUUCAGAAGAUAGACGUGGUGGUAAUGAUAUAUUUAUAUUCUGUAGUCCACAGUCUAUGAUUCAAUAUUUAGCUUGGCCAUAUGAUAUUUCUUCAGUCAAUUCAAAGAAUCGUGUUGUUCCUGGUACAUCAUCACCAUCAUUUCAAUUAGAUCCAAGUGAAGAAGUGAAUUUAACUGGUCAAAUAUUUGAAGGACGUGUAUGUUAUAUACGUCGUGGUUUAACAAAACAAUUGAUAGACCAAAUUGAUGAAGGUGAUUAUAAACCAAUUGAUCAAUUAUUUUUUAUUGUACAUGGUAUUGGUUCAAUAUACAAUUUAAAAGGACAAGGAUUAAUUGAAUGUGUCAAUGAUAUGAGACGUACAGCAAGACAGUUGAGUCAAACUCAUUUUUCACAUCAUCCAUAUCGGGUAGAAUUUUUACCAAUUCUCUGGCAUGACGAAUUACACUCAGAUACCGUGACUGGUCUAGAUAAACAAUUAGAACAGAUUACACUUGGUAGUAUACCAAAACUAAGACAAUUUACUAAUGAUACACUAAUGGAUAUAUUGUUCUAUACAAGUUCUAAAUAUUCACAGAUUAUUGUAAAUACAGUGGCUCGAGAGAUUACAAGAUUACGUAAUCUAUUCCUAUUGCGUAACCCAAAAUUUACUGGUAAUAUCUCCAUUAUCGGUCAUAGUUUAGGCGCUGUUAUAUCAUUUGAUCUAUUAUGUCAUCAAAAUCCCUAUAAUCCAUCAUGUGCUGCAACAGUUGAUCAGUUAUCUGCAGUUUCAUCGGAGACAACGUAUAACAACACUACAGCUGGCAGUAUCAUAAACAAUACGGAUACACAAUCGAUGACAACAGGUGAUGUGGACUAUGUUGAUGAAUUACUUAGUGAUUUGUUAACCAAUCAAUCGACAGGAUGUAUAACUCCCUCAACAAUGAUUCCUAUUUCUGCUACUUCUACCGCUGCUGCUGCCGCCGCUUGUACUAUGGAUGCUGGUGAUGUUAGCAAUAGUGGUUCAACAACUAUAGUGACUAGUGUCAACUAUUCUACGAAUGUUUCGUCGUUGUCCUGCUCUUCAUCAGCCUCAUCAACAACUUAUCCACUAAAAGGCAAUACAUUAUUGUUGAAUACAAAUGAAGAGAAUAAAAGUGAGCAUAGCAGUGAAUCUGGUCAAAAUGAUAUAGAUGGAUGGUCUAUAGUUGACUAUAAACAACAACAACACACUGAUAACAAUCAUAAUGGAAUUCAUUAUAAUAAGCAAAAAACAAAUGUUGAUAAUAAUAAUAAUACUGUUAAAUGUCAAUUGAGUUCAAUGUUCAAUGCAUCAUCUUUAAACACCACUGUCCUCAUAAGUAAUCUCAGUCAAAUAUUACUACAGAAUGGAAUGAAUGUUGAACAAACUCGUAGUGUACUUCAUUCAUUAUUGAUCAAGUUAAAUGACCAUAAUCAAGAUAAAGAUGCGAGUCCUAUGACAUCAGACCCUACUGCUACUACUACUAGUAGUAGUCUGUUGCCAACUACCGAUACUGUAUCACAUACCACUUUCACAUCAUUUUGGUUAGAAAAUCAUCGUUUCUCUUUAAAUCAUAUAACUAAUAAUGGUAAUGGUAAUGCUACAGCUGGAUUUGGUAUUUCUCUACCAAAUUAUCCACAAUUAGAAUUCAUUAUCUCUGGUUUGUAUACAUUAGGUUCACCAAUACCAUUAUUUUUAACUGCUCGAGGUAUACGAACAUUGAGUAGAGAAUUUCAUCUACCAACAUGUUCAACAUUUUACAAUAUAUUUCAUCCAUUCGAUCCAGUUGCCUAUCGUAUGGAAAUGUUGAUUGAUCCUGAAUUUCAGCAAAAGGCUAUUCUAAUUCCACAUCACAAAGGUCGUAAGCGUAUACACUUACAAUUGAAAGAUAAUUUAGCUUGGGUCGGUUCUGAAUUGAAAAGUAAACUGUACAGUUCAGUUCAGUCUACUUGGCGUAGCUUGCAUGAAUUCGCUCUAGCGCAUAAAUUUAUUGGUACAUCAGGUGAAUCAUUGCCAACUGGUUCUUCUGUUGCUACUGGUGGUGGUGUUGGUGGUCCCAUACCUACAACAGCUGUUUUUACUGCUCAUAGUGGUGGUGAUGAUGAUGAAUCAGAACACUUUAUAGAUGUUCAUAAUCUUACUGAUGAUCGUGACGAGAGUACAACAACAUAUCAUAAUUUAAUCGAUCAAGAUAUAACUUUCAACAGUCAACUGAAUCAAGGAAGACGUAUGGAUUAUGUUUUACAGGAGGCCCCAUUGGAAAGCUUCAAUGAAUACCUUUUUGCUUUAACAAGUCAUGCAGCUUACUGGGAUUCAAUAGAUACUGUAUUAUUUAUAUUGACUGAAGCCUAUUCUGAUCAAGGUAUAGUUCCUUUAAUGCCUGGUCAAAAGAACAUUUCUCAAAGUACAAUUCGUGUAGCCCCAUUAUCACCUCCUCCUCCUCCUCCUCCACCUUCCCUUCCUACUGGUCCUUCAUUGAAACAUAUACCGACUUCAACAGUAUCACAGUCAAUUCUAUUAACAAACAUGAAUUCUACUGUCAAAAUGUCUCCAUCUUCACAAUUUGAUCAGGUUUUGAUUCCAUUGAAUAAUUCGAAUCAAAAGGAACAAGAAAAUAUUGUUACAACAUUAACACCUCCUGUGAUUACUACUGUACGAAAACCAUCAGUUUAUAUAUCACCUUCACUUGCUACUACUGUUCAUGAUAGUACUACUAUCUCUUUCAACCAAUCACUAAGUAGUCAAGAUUAUUCCUCUACAAGUAUACCAUCAACUGAAAUGUCAACUCAAAAGUAUUUUUCACCACAAACAUAUGAAUAUCAAUCACCAGAAUCUCUAAAGACAAGUGACACUUUAUUGCAAGCGCAUCAUCAGUAUUCAGGUACUACACCUUAUGUUCACCGUAAACCUACUUCAACGGCACACCUAACUACUGUUAUUACACCUGGUUUUCUUUCACCAUCAAUAGUGACAACAACUGGAGUAGCUUAUCAUCCAGUGGUAUCCUCAGUGCAAUUUUCAUCAUCUACUAUUUCUCCUGUGCUAAACACUUCUGAUACUCAAAAUACACCCAUAUUAAGCAGUGGAAGUGUAUAUCCAACUCCUACUUUAAUGCCAACACUUGGACCUUCUAGUUUAAAAAAUGUAUCUUCACAAAUGCCACUUCCACAACUCCCACCACCUAGUGGACCUUCACAUCAAUCGUCUUUUGGUUAUCCUUAUUACGGUCAACCAUUUUGA